AUGUCACUCCCAACGACCCAAACCGCGGCUGUUUGUGCCAAACUCGGCGGAGGUGUCAAGUUGGUUCACGAUUACCCGGUGCCCAAGCCGGCGCGGAACGAGGUCUUAGCAAAGGUCCUUUAUACCGGUGUUUGCCAGAGCGAUCUGCACACCCAACAGGGCACGGCUUCCGGGCCAGAUGGACGUCCAAUCACUAAAGUCAAGCUUCCGCAUGUUGGUGGACACGAAGGUGUCGGUCGCAUCAUCGCUCUGGGCCCGGGAUGCGGGGAUGAACUCAAAAUUGGUGGUUUUGUCGGUAUUAGAUUUGCCAGCCGAAUCUGCCGACGCUGCGACUUUUGCUUGGCAGGGAAAGAACAGCAUUGCAUCAAAAGCACGAACCACCUUCAUCAUGAGGACGGAAGCUUCCAGGAGUACAUUGCUCUUGAUGCUGACUACUUGACCAUCCUUCCUGAUGAUAUCGAUCCAGUUGUCACUGGACCUGUUCUUUGUGCUGGUGUGACGACAUACAAGGCUGUGAAAAAUGCCAAUGCCAAAGCUGGGGACUGGGUGGUUGUGAUCGGGGCUGGCGGGGGAUUGGGUCAUUUGGAAGUGCAAUACGCUCGGGCUCAGGGAGCUGUAGUGGUGGGCAUUGAUGGAGGAUCCGACAAGGGUGACUUUGUCAAAUCCAUUGGUGCGAGCCAUUAUGUUGAUUUCACGACCACUUCUGAUCUCGUCCAAAACAUAUUGGACAUUACGAAUGGUGGAGCAAAUGCAGUUAUUGUUACAGCCGGGAAUGCCAAGGCAUUUUCUCAUGCGGCUGAGAUGCUCAAGGUAGGUGGAACAUUGAGCUGCGUGGGCAUUCCUCCUGGCAAAGGUUUCAUCGAAACUCCUAUAAGUGCCAUUGUGAUCAAGGGUUUACAUAUCACUGGCAACCUUGUCGGCUCUCUCAAAGAGUGCCUGGAAGCUGUGGAUCUGGUAAGGCGAGGAGUGGUCAAGCCGAAAAUCUCGGUCCGUCCCUUUGCGGACCUGCCCACUGUAUAUGAAGAGCUUCUGAAAGGCGAUGUUGCAGGCCGAAUAGUGCUCAAAAUUGCAGGCAAUGAUUGA